AUGAAAAUUCGUCGAGAUAUGAAGAAAAUAAAUCGAAUACACUUUGCCAGUUUCCCAUUGUUUCUGCUGCUGUUUUAUAUGAUAAAAAAUGGAGAAGGCGAAGGCAUCCCAGGCAUAGAACUCUCCAUGCCCCCCUCACAUACUGCGUUGAGUGGGGACCUCCACGUCCAAAUCACCUCAAACUCAUUCCCCCCACUCCUGCUGCAGCUCUCGCGACUCGAAGGCAACGUGGCGCAGCCCCUUACCACGUUUCCGGUUUACCCGGAAGCUACAGCCCUGAAAAAGAACGCGACAAUAAUCAAGAUACCGUGCGGGUACUUUUCGCGCGGCGGACAGUACUAUGUGUUGGUUAAGAAACAGACUGUGCCAGGUGCAGAAAAUGUUACCUCUAACGCUGAUGAUUCGGUUGUAACUAGGAGUUUGGAUGUACGGUGGCCCAUGCCGCAGCUGUCGCUUACCCCUGAACAUGUACAGACGUAUCCGGAACACCCAGUGAUGGCCAUUCUGGAGUUUCCGGAAGUUGUCUGUCCGCCAGUAGCGGACAGUCUUGCCAGUGCGAUACCGGAGUUCUGGCUCGAACUCCACUACUGCGGGCAUUCCCUUCUCACCUGUGAUAACAAUGAUGCAGAGCUGAAUAGAACCGCUCAGGUGCUGUAUUCGGAGCAGGUGCGUGGUUUCCCUGGUCGACGGGUUUUAACUCUGCGCUGCGAGUUAUUCGGCCUCGCAGGUCACUACGCGCUCUUUUUGAGGCCAACCACGCCGUCUCCAAUGCUGCCCCACACCGCGGCAUACGUCAAAGCCGACUGGAGCGAACAAUUCGUGUUCAACGUGCAUGCGCACAGCAUAUUCCCGUGUGACGCGCACAGUGGGGGAAUCACCGUGCUCUUUCAGUACCCAUCUUGCAUUCUAGCCUCGGGCGAUAGGGUGCGCCUUUUCGCCCGCCUCAGGGCAAAUGUGGCAUCCUUGGCGCCACCUACGACCUUGGAGUAUGUGGCUGAGCAAAGAGUUGUCAGAGGUCAGCACAGUUUGCACUUUGACUGCGAACUGUUCAGCGAAAGGUACGUCGAGUACUGUUUCGUUUACGUCAGCCAGGCCAUUACUGGCGCUGUUGCCGAUGUCAGGAUGGAUUGCGUACCGACGUUGCCAGUUUCUGAGUCGGAAAGUGGGGGGUGGGGUGAAUGGAGUAAAUGGACCCCAUGCUCGAGCACUUGCAUUGGAGGCACAAGAAGUCGUUAUCGUUUUUGCGAUUCCCCGCCUCCACGCUACGGAGCCAAGUUUUGCGAGGGUAAAGCAGUGGAGACGGAAAAAUGCGCGGUGAGUCUGGGCAAUAAUUGGGAGUGUUUUUACGGCGGAAGUGUGUCAGCCAGCGAUAUGGCGGCUGAAAUACCGGAAGUGCAGGCAGAAGUGGGACCUUACUGUAGAUGUGGCUGCGUGGUGCAUCUGGGACAUGCAAAACCAAAAAGGUUAUUGGCUACAUCGUCCCAAAGCUGCCCUGGAAGGACGUUUUGGUUAAUACAGUCCGAUCAAAACAACAUAAUACAGUUCAAAGUGGAGCAGUUUCACCUACCCUGCGGCACGCAAUGGUUAAAAAUAAGGGACGGUAGCUCUUUGUCCUCAAAUUUGUUGACGCAUUUGACGGGAGUCCCUCGCACGACCCCGACGACCGUAAACUCCACAGGACCGAAUUUGCUCUUGGAAUUUUUCUCCGACGAGAGCGCUGCCAUGGGACAAAUGUGCGGGGGGGGCUUUUUGGCGCAAGCCAGUCAAAUGAGUUACAGGACCAACAUAAGCACGAUUCCGAUCGCGCAGAGCGUCGGAGUUCUUCCGGCGAACGUUUUAAAAAUGUCCGCCGUUCACAUCGCGGCCAUUUUCUUUCUGAGCGGCUUGCUGUUGGCCACGUCGUUGCUCGGGGCUCAGUACCUGUUCAGGUACAGAAAAUACCACGUCGCGCAGGCCGAAGAUCAGGACUCGCUAGCGGAUCCUUCAGCUUCGAACGCAAGUUUGCCGCUGACGACGCGGGCCUCGUCCAACGCGACGCUCCUAUCGGAAGUAAUUUCGCUCACGAGACUGAGACCGCACAUGAAACAGAGGAACAAGCACGCGAGGCUCAGGGAAUCGAUGGAUUGCGAGACGGAGGAGCAGGAAGUCACUUUGGCUAAGGAAGAAGACACCCUGAGCUGUUGCAGUACUACCACGCUGACGCAGCAAGAAACCGCGCUGACGGCGGGCGCGCCGAUCGGCGAGGCGGAAAGCGUCCCGAACUCUCCCGAAGAGUCGAUAAACAGCGACAAGGAUCGUUCCGACGAGAAGGAAAAGGACCAGGAGAUAAAAAUAAAGUCCGACAGGGAGAGAAGUUUAAGUAACGUCAGUGCCGCCAACUUGACGAAUGGUUGUUAUUCCCCGGCGGCUAGCAUAGUCAGUACCGCCACCAUCCGCAGUACCAACGUGAAAGAGAGUAAGGACCGGAAAAACCGCGAGCGACUUCUGGCCGGUCCGACGGGUUCCGAGUUUUCUAUAAACGGAACCGACACGGAUAUGGAGAUGGAUUAUUACGAUUACAACGUGACUAAUGCAGGGGCGGCGCCCGGGUCCUACUUGGGGAUGGAUCCGGCGUUUUUGGUGUGGAUUCCGCCUCUAGAUGAAAGCGGGGAAAUCCUCCCGGAGGAUGUGGAGAUGGGGGAUAUAACUCCCAAAGUGUACGUGGAUCCUGGGAGCAAUCAGGAGUCCCCGGAAGAGGAGAUGUUGCUGCCAAAAAAUCGCCUCGUAACAACACCGAAAUCUUCGCCGUUGAUGAGGGCGAAGAACAAAAAAGUACACCCCUACACAGAGAAUAAAGAAAAGUACGAAAACUUGCCUCUAAUGACGGACAACAAGCACUCGGUUCAGGUGCACGAAAUGCCGAAAGGAAAACUCAACUCGAACACAAACAGCAUCAAGGACAUGGAGAAAGAGACGAAGGUGGAAAAAUCUCCCAGUUUGAACAGCAACAUUCUCGAUGAGAUCAAGUUUGCGGACGACGAUGAUGAUGAUUAUUACGAAAAUCAGUGCAAUAUUGAAGUAUCAUAUCAAGAUUCGAAUAUAAUAUCUUCCAGUUAA